UGGAAAUCAUGCUUCAUGAAUUGCCACCACAGAUGAAACUCAAAAGCACUCUGCAAUUUGUGGCUUAGGUUGGCUUGCCCCUGCUUAUAUAUAGGAAUGAAAGUUUAAUUGGGUAGUCUGUCCUUUGUCCUAGUAUCUGAAGGUGCCUAACCAUGAAAAACUGGGGUCCUUAUGGAGCAAUGGUACUAAUUCAGCUAGCUUAUGGUGGAUCAAAUAUCCUAAUAAAAAUCGCAAUCGACAAGGGACUAAAUCAAAUUGUCUUUGUGGUGUACAGACAUAUCAUUGCCAUGCUUUUGCUAGGUCCCUUUGCUUAUGUAUUUGAAAGGACGCAACGCCCUUCACUCUCAUUUUCAGUGAUGAUGAAGAUUUUUGUGUUAGCCUCACUAGGCACCACCGUCCAUCUUAAUGUUUACUAUGCUGGUUUACAUUACACUUCCGCAACCGUUGCAAGUGCCUUGGGUAAUGUUAUUCCCGGUUUGACAUUUCUCAUGGCUGUUCUUUUUAGGAUGGAAGAGGUGAGGAUUCGAAGUGCAAGAGGUCGAGCUAAGGUGUUGGGAACAAUGGUUUGCAUUGGUGGGGCACUUACUUUUACCUUUUGGAAAGGAGGGUACCUGUUCAAUGGCUUCACAGAAAGACCACUGAUCAACGUCUACAGUACCAAAGGUUCCGCUAGUGAGCAUCAUGGUGGGAAAAACUGGAUCAAAGGCUCAGUCCUCAUUCUGAUCAGCCAUAUUGCAUGGAGCUCGUGGCUCAUUCUCCAGGCUGUAGUGUACAAAGUCUACCCAGCUCGAUUAUCUCUGAAUGUUCUUAUCUGCUUCUUUGCUUCACUGCAAUCUUCCUUCCUUGCCUUGAUUUUUGCAAGGAAUCCAGUCUUGUGGAAGCUAGAAUGGAAUGUGCAGCUCUUGACCAUCAUAUACUGUGGAGUUGUGAUCUCAGGAUUGGUGUACUACUUGCAAACUUGGUGUAUCAGUAAGAGAGGACCCGUUUUUGCAGCAAUGUUUACUCCAUUACUAGUUAUUUUUGUGGGAAUAUUCUCAGCAGUUGCUUUUGCAGAGCGUCUUCACUUGAGCAGCUUGAUAGGAGCAUUUCUCAUCAUUGCUGGCCUUUACAUUGUCCUGUGGGGUAAGAGGACAGAUGGUCGCUCUGAAGGAAUAAGUAAGAGUAAAAAAGGCUUGGAUGAUGAUAAGGUACUGGAGAUUUCUAUAAAUGAUCAGCCUGGUACAAACCCCAUCACAAAUGAAAGGAAAUGAGAACUGGGUUAAGGGAAGGGAAGGGAAGGGAAAAAAUGAACAAAGUUUGGUCAAAGGUUGUCUUGAUUGAAGUCAUAUAUGCUAAGGCUAAUCAGCGGGAAAAUGGUUGAAUCUUUUUCAUUAUGACAAUCUAAGUGGUUGAGACCCAGUCAUCAUUGGUGUAAUUGGGAGAUAGUUAUUCCAUUGAAAUAACAUGAUGUUUCUUCUUUCA